UUGUCGAGUCGGAUGAAGUGGUGGUGAGGAGGCUGAUGGAGAUGCAGCAGCUGCGCCGCCAACAACAACAGCAGCAACAACAGCAACAGCAGCAGGCGCAGCAGUCGCAUUUCGGGGCAUCAGGGGACGAGGAUCAAGAGCAGAAACAGCAACAACCACAUAACCAACAACCACAACAACCAACACAGCACCAACUACAACAACACCAGCAGCAGCAGCAGCAGCAAAAAGAACAUCUCAAGGAUGCGGAAAUGAUGACCGACAAGCCAGCCGAGGAGCAAGAGCAGCACGAACACACGGAAGAUUCGGAUAUGGAGCUAACUGACGUAGAGGAAACAGAGUCGGAUGGCCAGGAGGUGGAGGAAGGCGACGACGACGAGGAUGACGAGGAUGAUGAUGAUGAUGAUGACGAUGAUGGCACCAUCGUCGAGGACAGCGAUGCCACCAGCUGCAGCAGUUGUCGCCGCGCCGAACUGGAGGAGGAUCAGCAGGAGCAACAGCAAUCGCCGCCGCCGCCUCCUCCUCUCCCAAAAGCCAACGAUGAUGAUGAUGAUGAUGACGAUGUCACCUAGGUCCAUGCCCGAGAUCACUCUUCCUCAAAUGAAAACACGAUACACACGCACCAUUUUAAAGCAUGUCUAUCCAAUGCAAGGAAUACCUGUUUGUUGGUGGUAUUCCUUACAUUCAACGCCACGCUGGUUAACUCGCAGAAAGCAAGAAACAAGAAGAUCGAAAACUAUGUUCAAUAAGAAGCGCUACUAGUUCACACAAUUAUAUACACUCGACGAAUAAGGGGGACAUAACCACAACACACUCUUGUAGACAAGCAUGAAAUACCAACGCUGUUUAGUUUCGAACGCAUCAUUUCCCCAUCCCCAACCUCGAUUUGUUAAUGGAAAACACAGAAUAUAAUUUGGCAUUAACAAUUUAUGAUUUGGAUUACAAUCGCGCUGCCCCAUGAUUUACAAACACAAUUAUGUUAAAAUUUCCCAUUUUGUUUCCUUUGGCUACAAAUGUAUUAUGUGCUGGCGCUUUGUUUGGCCUUAUAAUUUACUUAUGAAACCUGCAAAUGCGUAAUUAAACAAUUGUUAACUAGAAAUUAACCAAAACAGAACCAUGUGUUGUAUUUAUUUGUAUGAUUUUUAUGAAUUUAUUGCAAAUUUGUUGGAGCUUAGCAGAGGCAAGAACCACACACCCACACACACACACACACGUACACAACAUAGCACAGGCAACAACCACCACUACAACCGAACGAGCAAAGUAAAAAAAUAAUGCAAAACUAAAAAAAUUGUAAGGAAAACUCACAUAUUUUUCUGUCGGAUGGAUUAUUUAUGUGUAUUGAACUCUCUCAGCACGUGUAAACGGAAACCAAGCAGAAAAUAUAAGAAAAAAAAAUAGUAUAAUGUGAAAUUUGCAUACACACCAUACUACACACACACACCCACAGACACACUCUGCACACCUAAUAGAUACACAGCAAAAAAUAUCUUGAACUUGGAAUGCUUCCCCAUAAAAAUGGUAUUUUUCACCCUAUAUUCCGUUGUUUAAAAUAUAUAAAUAUAUUUUAAAAUUUCAAA